AUGUCUUCUACACAAACGACGACCACAGAGACCAACCAGCAACAGCCCCGCGCCAGGCGGGUCAACCGCGCGCGGCGCCCCGCCCGGGGGACGCCAAAGAACGCCGCCCAGGAAAGCGCUGAAGACGGCGCGGCGGCGGAGAAGACGGCGGACGCAGAGGAGGGCGCGAUCUGCUGGAUAUGCGCCGAGCCGGUCAAGUACUGGUCCGUGUCCGAGUGCAACCACCGGACGUGCCAUGUCUGCGCCCUGCGCCUGCGCGCGCUAUACAAGAAGCUCGAAUGUACUUUCUGCAAGGAACCUCAGCAAUCCGUGAUAUUCACAAUCUCGCCCGAUGCACCGUUCUCGUCGUACUCUCCGGAUGCUAUUCCCUAUAAGGACCCUAAACUGUCCAUAUUCUUCGAGACACAGGAGAUGAUGGAGGAGACGCUUAUCCUCCUCCGCUUCAACUGCCCCGACUCUAAAUGCGACUACAUAGCCGUGGCCGGCUGGGGCGAUCUCAAGUUACACGUCCGCGAAGCGCACGGCAAAGUCAUGUGCGACCUGUGUAUCCGGCACAAGAAAGUCUUCGCGCACGAACAAGCGCUCUAUCCGCCUUGGCUGCUACCAUACCACCUCCCAUCCAUGGCCCACCACCGUUCGCGCAAGCCCCCGCCGCCGAAGGAGCAGAUCGAGGGCGGCGUGCACCCGCUGUGCGCGUUUUGCCGCGAGUGCUUCUUCAGCGACGACGAGCUCUACGCGCAUAUGCGCGAGCGGCACGAAGAGUGUUUCAUCUGCAAGCGCAACGAGAUCCGGGACCAAUAUUUCCAGAAUUACGAAGCACUAGAACAGCACUUCACCAACGCACACUUUCCGUGCCCCAACGCGCAGUGCCAGGCACGCAAGUUCGUCGUCUUCGGCUCCGCGCUCGACCUCAAGGCGCACAUGGUCGAGGAGCACGGCGCGGACAUGUCCGCGCGCGACAAGCGGGACGCGCUGCGCGUCCAAGCGGACUUUGCUUUCGAUGCGGGCGGUGGUAGCGGAGGGGGCGGUGGGGGACGCAGGGGUGGGCGCAAUAGAGAUAGAGAUAGGGGAGAUCGCGGGGAGCCACCGCCACAGCCUGGCCCGGCGCGACCUGGUGGCGGUGGGAGGCGCCGGGAGGGGUUCGGUGCGCAUUUGUCGACGGAGGCGAAUCCCAGCGCCAGUGCCAAUGGGACGUCGCAUAAUACGCCCGAGCCCUCCCGGCGUCCGUCCCCGUCGCCCGUGCGCGACGACGUCGAUCCUGAAGUUGCCGAGCGCCACGCGUCCUUCGUCGCUCGCCUCGUCUCCGUCGCGCCGAACAACGCGAACAUCGUGCCGGGCGUGAAGGCCGCGAUCCGGUCGUACCGCGCGUCCGAGUCCGCAGCGCGCGACCUCAUCUCGACGAUCUGGAACGUGCUUGACCGCGAUCUGGACAACACGGCGAGCAUCAUCAACGCGCUCGUCGACCUCCUCGACGAGGACGAGAAGAAGCGCGACCUGCUCGCGGCGUGGAACGGGUUCAAGCUGGAGCAACGCAAGAACUUCCCUGACUUAGUGCCUACAUCCCAGGGCAACGAGUACGCAGGUAUAACCGCCGGCCGCGUCCUGAACGCGAAGCACUCCACCGCGACGCGCUCCUCCUCCGCCUCCUCGUCCCGGCACGUCUGGGACCGCGUCGCGCAGGCCGCCGCUUCGUCUUCAGUCCCGGGUCCCUCGCGCCAGCGCCCCGCAGAUCGCUUUCCGCCGCUCAACCCGCAAGCCUCCGCGCCAGCCCCGGUCCCCGCGUACCGCCAGCCGCAGCGGAGCACGCCCUGGGCUUCCACGGCCGCUUCCGCGGGGCCGUCGUCGUCCUCGCACUUCCCGCCGCCCUCGUCGGUGUCCGUCGUCCCCCGCCCUGCGGUGAGCCGCGGAAGCUCCAAGGCCAAAGGACCACCGCCGCCUUCCUUGUCGAAAUCCGCGUUCCCCGAGCUGCCAAGCACGAGCAAUAACAAGCCGGUCAGGGCCCCUGUGGGUGGUAACCAGUCGUUGAAGAAUAUCCUGGGGAAGCCUAGCCAGCCCGCUGGGAAUGUCUGGGGAGCGGCGAGUGCGAGUGCGGCGCAGCCGGUGUCCAAUGGGUCGUCGGAGGUCGGGCAUUCGCGUGAUGAACAGGAACCGAAUGGGGAGGUGGUGGGGUCUAGGAAUGACGGCGGGGGAGGGAGGAAGAAGGGCAAGGGCAAACAAAAGCAGACACUAUUCACCCUCGGCACGUUCCCAACGUGAGAUGGCAGAAUGUUAUGAGAUGUGUGAUACUGAGAUAGAAAUGUAGCUGUAGUCCAUCAGUUUGUUCGGAUGCAAUAUGAGGAACUUGAAUGUGUUGCUAAAAGUACAUGAUUCAUCCCUCAAGCUGCC